GCGGUCAGUCCUCUGUAAUCAAGCGCCGCUAUACGACGAUGGCUAUCCGCCGCUCUGUGAUUUACUACUUGACUGCUCUGCUAGUGUCCAGCACGGAAGCUUACAUCAAAGAAUGGCGUCCGGCCGACACCGACUGGCAAAACAAAGACAAUUGGGAAGGAGGUGCACUUCCCUGCUGGCGAUCUCGGGUCGUCUUGCCGGAAGAAGUGGUCAUUUCCGUCUUCCUCAACGGAAGUGUCGCCUGGAGUGAAUUGGUUAUGCCGCAAACAGGUGAACUGGUCCUGGAGGAUCUGACGUUGAACGCUCCUGAAACGAGUCAGGAGCGUUGCAGUAAUCAGGAAAUCAAGUUCAAGAAUUGGAGGCCUAGCAGUUGGUUCGAUCCCGAUCGUUGGCAGAUCGCCGAGUCGGAUGGAACGAUCGUUCCGCAACCGCUGGCCAUUCCACAUUCUGAGAGAAUUCCUUGCGCUCACGACAGCGUUCAUCUGUUAAAAAGGCAUUCACUCUCAGUCGAUUUCAAUCGCAUCAACUCUCUCACCGUUGGCCAGAUCAAAUACGGAGAUCAGCUUUUGACAGCUGAGGAAUGGCGAAAUCAACUAAACGGACCAGCCUGGAGGUAUCAAGUUCACAAUCCACCUCAUUUGGCCUACAUUAACGGAACCGAGUGCCAGGACGUGCUGGGCUGUCGUUGCGGCCAUGACAUUGACGUGAUGCAAAUGGUAUGCAGUAAUGCUGGCACAUUAUGCAGUAAUCAGCUUGAAUGCCCUGACAGUUUCAGGCCACCUGGCCAAUGCUGUGAUAUGUGUGGGUCCAUGAUGAAAGUCACUUUUAAUGAAAGAACAUUCACAAAAUCUUCUCUGGAUCGGCUUGUCACUUCAAUGCUGGCUGAAGAUGGAUGGCCAGGCCUUCAGAGCUAUUCCUACAGAACAGACGAGAAUGUUCUGCAUUUGUUGGUCGUGGACAACACCACAAACGAGAGAAGCAUCAAUGUGGCCAGCAAGAUUCAUGAUUACUUAAUGAAAGAUAAAGAAGGCAGCAAUCUUUACGGAAUAGUGGAAUUGAUGCUGGUCAAAUCUGGCCACUCACACGCUGCCACUCACCACCUCACACCAGAGGAACUGCAUCUCAUUGCCUCCAAUUUGUCGACCGUCUUCGCUACUUUUAUCCUGUUGGGAGCUGUGGUAGCUGGCAUCUAUUUUUACAAAAAACGCCGUUUUACAGAUUCGCGCGAAGAGCUUUCCGUGGGCUUUGCUCGUUUCCAAAACGACUCGGCUGGAAAUGUGGAGAUAGCCAUUGACGCCAGUUUUGAACAAGCUUUGGCACGCCCUCCGCUCGACCCUGAUGCUCCGCCACGCAGCAGCAACAUCCAGCAGGAGCCAAAAUCACCCUUCACGGAAGCCCCUGAAAUUCCCGACACUUGCUCGGACAGUUGUCAUGGAAGCAGUAACGUCAAGGCAGCGGCGCCUGCCGCCUGGAAGAAAUUUACACGCGCCUUUACUAACCCCCUCUUUGGCGACCCAUCGGCCGCAGUCGGACGCAUGUCGGCGAGGUGGACCAUGUCAUCACUCAUGAAGAACACGGUCACCCAGGAAAACCCCAUUUACAAUAUGGAUGUGCCCGAGUCAUCGAAUGCGACAUCUGACAUCACGCCGGCAGUUGUUGCAGUACACCAACAACCAGUCGACGAAUCGCCCGUUGUCGCGAUUACGACGCUUCCGGCGACAGCGGUUGUUUCUGAUCGAGCGGAAGGAAAGGAAGGCGUCGCCGAGGGCGACGUUCCGCCGCUAGUUGACACUUUUCAAGCGGUUACGGAUGACGACGUUUCUCUUCCGCCUGCCGAAGGAGCUUUCGAAACGGUCAUGGAAGACGUGUCCCUGGUGGAGGAGCCGAGCUGCUCCGCUGAAAGCCUCACAGUCCAACCUCCUCCUCCAGCCAGUGGUUCCAAGAACAGUUUUAACGGCGCCAAGCAUCCGUUAAAAAGGCUGUGGAAAAAGGCGACGACAAAAUCGAGUCCAGCAGUCGCUGUCGAUCCGGCCUCCGCUUUGUCAUCGCCUCAACCAUCCGAUGCGGAACCGUCGGAGCAGCCUACGCGCUUUACAAGUCCCCCCCAGCUCCUGAUGAGCCAGCAGCGUGAAGAUGAAAUGCAACUGACGCUGGCCGAAGAAACGGAUGAAUAAUCAAUGAAAAUAACACCCGCAAAUCCCUUUUCGCACAUGGUGGCGCCAUCCAUCGCUAAUUGCACGUAACUAACCCAAUUACCCCCCUCAUUAAUUAUAGCCCCCCUUGUGUGAAUCAAUCUAGAAAAUGCGCAGCCUAUAUAAUAAUUCUAUUUCCUAUAAUAAUAAUCGACGGGUGGGGGGUACACACACACACAUAGCAACCCAAGUCAACACAUCCCGCAUUGGUCGAGCCAUGGCUAAUAAAAAAGAAUAACAAGUCACGUACAUAUUAUAUACACUAUAUAACCGAGUACACCCAAACGCCAAUAACCAGUCGUUCGCAUCAGCAGUUCCAGCUGCUUUUGUAAUCCAGCGGAAAUAGGAGGGUAUACUAUGUGUACACUCUAUAUCGGGGAAACAACCCAAAAAAAGUAAAAAAGGAAGGAAGAAAGAAAAAAGAUACUCUUAUAGAGAUAGUAGACCGGCCGGCGCUCCAAGACUUUAUUUCUCUCUCUUUAGCUGGACUUACGGGGUCCGCUUAAUAUGCCUUACAUACAAACACAGUAUGUGUUCCAUUUCCCCUCCGGCUCACUGUGUGUGUGUGUGUGUGUAUGCGCAUUGUGUGAUUAAUGAUACGAUGACUUGUUCCCGAUUGGCACCCGCCCCGAAAAUGUUGUCUAGGCGACACAAUUACUUUAUACUGCUGGACUGCUGGUGGUACGGUUGAACCCUCGCCGUCUAUUGGUGCGGCGACGUUGCCAAAAAGAAAAUGUGCCGGGUCCCACACACACAAGCGAACGACGUGAACACACACACACAACACAAACGGGUUGAUUCCGCUUCAUCAUUCUAGUUCGUUGCUCUCCCUCUCCCCUCAUUCCGGCUGCUGGCCCCUACCGGGCGACCGACGUCUAAAACAGACAAUACAAUCUAUAUACACUA